AUGAGAGUCAAUGACACGUCUCCAUUUGAUUCCGGCCUGCUAACUUAUGAUACGAUCGAUGCAUCCAAUUUGGUGCCAGUGGUUAAGCAGUUGACAUCAGUCUGUCUUACUCCGGAAGCAGAGGUUGAAUGGUUGCUGAAAGCCAUCGCGUUGAUUGAUUUGACAACAUUGGCUGGUGAUAAUACGGUCACAAAUGUCCAUCGCAUGUGUGUGAGAGCCAGGUAUCCUCUAAGUCCUUGCAUUACGAAGAAACUCAGAGAUGUGUAUGAUUGGGAUUUGGGAGAAUUGAGACAAUAUCCACUGAAAACUCGACUACAGGAGAUCACAGAAGCAAUAGAUGACGGAGCCACCGAAAUAGAUGUGGUGUUGAAUAGGACGUUGGCACUUCAACGAAAUUGGAAAGGGGUCUAUGAUGAGGUGUGUGCAAUGCGUGCUGUGUGCGGUGGUAGGGCCCAUUUGAAGACCAUCCUGGCGGUAGGCGAACUCGGAAGCUAUGAGAAUGUGUAUGCGGCCUCGAUGGUUUGCAUGCUGGCUGGUGCGGACUUCAUCAAAACGUCCACCGGAAAGGAGUCAGUCAACGCCACUCUGCCCGUCUCUUUGGUCAUGGCUCGUGCCAUACAGGAUUUCAGCGAUGUCUGCGGGAUCAAAGUUGGUUUCAAACCAGCUGGUGGUCUACAAACUGCACAUGAUGCUAUGGAAUAUUCGGCUUUGAUUCUCAACUAUCUGGGAUCUGAAUGGGUUCAGCCAGAACUACUUCGAUUUGGAGCUAGUUCACUACUGGGAAGCGUCGAAUCAAGACUAUAUAGUUUGACUCAUGAUGGUAUGCCUCCACUACCCGGUUGUUUGAACUAUUCAUAAUCAUGUCUGCCAGCCUCAACACCUUUUCACCAUUGAUCCAUCCAGGUACUUUCCUUCUCUUUUUGACCUUAUGUGCUGGGGUUUUACUGGUUAUAGAACACGUUGACAUGCAAGUUUUCCUUUAUAUAUUAUUUGCACAAAGAAAUUUCUGUACAAAAGCGGGAUUUUUCUUGUACCGGACAUGGCUCCGCUCAGCCGUAGUGGAACCCAUACUCGAGCUCGACGCGCUGUAUUCAUCAAACAAACAAAAUAUAAGUUUGACUGGUGUGUUGUCGAUCUGGAUGCUCUUAGGCUAACAAAUGGGGCUGCAGGAUACUGGUCAGGGUGGAGGGGCAGGGAAAUUUAUGGGACAACCUGUCCAAGAGAAGCAGGUUUAUAUGUGCUUUGUGGCGUUCUUGGACGGAGUUGUAGUUGUGCAGAAUGAGUAGUUGUGGUACAGUGAUAGGUGAUUACCGGCGUCAGUCACGUAUCAACUAAUUCCUAGAGCACACAUUUUUCCGGUCAUUUCGAUAUUGAUCAACCCAUGUGUGUUUGGCCCGUGAGUGGAAUGAACCCAAGUUAUUGGGAUGCAACUGGGUGCACGUUUGGGGAUCUUGCGGAAUGUGUCGAGGUAAUGUCUUUGUCCCACAAAAUCGAUGGUGUUACAAAAGCUAGAUACUCUGUGCAUGCGUGUUGCUUUGCAACCAGGGAUUGAGUGCAACAUGUUGUUACUGCUUAUCUUCUGGGGGCUCUGAAUCCUCACUGACUGUUUCCUUCGUGAUCUGGUUGAGAUACCAUUCUCGGUUUUCAUCUAGCGUAUCCAGUAUCUGCAGAGCGUCCGGAUGUACGAGGUCCGACCAAGUUUCCCAA